AUGGAUGAAUGGGUGAAAUUAACCAUUUUUCUGUGUGUCUACGGGUUCAUGAAAGAGAUUGGGCCAGAUGACCCGUUCAUUCUGCAUCACUUGGACAACCGAGAGCAAAAUGAAGCCAGAAUUUGGGAAGUCUUGACCCAGCUGAUCCUGACAACCAUGCUGUUUUUCUGUGCAGAUUAUUUCAGAUACAAACCAUUCAUUGUGAUUGGAGCUCUCUUUGGAUUGGCGGCCCAGAUCAUAAACUUGGUAUCAGAAGACACAUUUGCUUUGAUGGGUAGGCAAUGCCUGUAUGGAGCAGCUAAGGCGGCGGAAGUGGCUUAUUUCAGCUACAUCUAUGCCAAGGUGCCAAAAAUUAACUACACAAAGGUGACAAGCUUUUGCCAGGCGGCCGCCGUGGCAGGAGGCAUAUUCUCUGCUCUAGUCUCAUUAUGGCCACUUCCCGGUUUAUGGAGCAACUACGUGACGAUCAUUGUGUUGGCGUUCGCUGUUUGUUGGCUGGUUUUGCUGCCCAACGCUGAAACGACCCUCUAUUUUCAUAGAGCUAGGAUCGUCAGCUUAGGUGGCCAGGCUGAAAACAUCCAAGCUGGUCCAGCUCCAAAGCCGUCCAUCACAGUCGUACAGCAGCUGCUAUGGGAAGACUUCAAGGCCGCUUACUACAAUCCCUAUACACUAGGGUUUUGUGUGUAUGUGGUUAUGAUGACUGCAGCAUUUAGCCAGAUGGUUAUAUGCGUGCAGUUGCUUGGAGUAUUCCUUCAUGGGUCACCUGUUGCCACUGGGAUCAUGUACAUAACUGGUCUGUGGAUAAUGAAAAAGUUCAAUGUCCCUUUGAAUUUGGAUAAUGAAGACUCUGAAGCCCAGGCUAGAAACAGCUUACCAAUGGCUGAGGUCGAGGCAGCUGUACCUCAAGAGGGUGAGACUGAUUGGUUGAGCAGAUACUGCUGGUUUUUAUAA